UCAUCUGGGCAAGAACUUACUGAAAUGGAACAGAAGUUGUUUGUUUAGAAGAGAUUUCCAGUACAAGCAAAAUGACAAGCUCAAUAGAUGACGUUGAGGCCUUCGGGACCACGCCCUACGACUAUGAGCUGGCACUCCCAUGUGAAAAAGCCAGUGUCAAGGAUCUGGGUGCCCAGUUUCUACCCCCACUGUACUCCCUGGUGUUCAUCGUGGGCCUCAUGGGCAAUGUCAUGGUGAUAGUGAUCCUCACAAAAUACAGGAGGCUCAGGAUUCUGAGCAACAUCUACUUGCUCAACUUGGCAAUUGCUGACUUGCUCUUCCUCUUCACUCUGCCAUUCGGAAUUCACUCUGCUGGGCGGAAUGAGUGGGUUUUUGGCCAUGGCAUGUGUAAGCUCAUCUCGGGGCUGUAUCAAAUGAGCUUGAACGGCGAGAUCUUUUUCAUCAUGCUGAUGACAAUUGAUAGGUACUUGGCCAUCGUCCAUGCUGUGUUUGCCCUUCGAGCCCGGACUGUCACUUUUGGUGUCAUCACGAGUAUUGUCACCUGGGGCCUGGCAGGGCUAGCAGCCCUCCCUGAAUUUGUCUUCCAUGAGUUCCAAGACGUGUCUGAAGAGCGUGUGUGCAGCCCUGCUUACCCAGAGGAUGGAGAAGAUAGCUGGAAGCGUUUCAACGCUCUGAGAAUGAACAUCUUGGGUCUCGCACUCCCCCUGCUCGUCAUGGCUUUCUGCUACUCAGGAAUCAUCAAAACAUUGUGGAGAUGCCCCAAUAAAAAAAAGUACAAGGCCAUCCGGCUCAUCUUUGUCAUCAUGGUGGUCUUUUUCAUUUUUUGGACACCAUACAACCUGGUUCUCCUUCUCUCUGCUUUUGAAAUGGUCUUCUUUGGGGAGAGCUGUGAGCGGAACAGACACCUGGACCUGGCCAGGGAGGUGACGGAGGUGAUCGCCAACACACACUGCUGCGUCAACCCGGUGAUCUACGCCUUUGUCGGUGAGAGGUUCCGGAAGUACCUGCGCCACUUUUUCUACAGGCACGUGGCCGUGCACCUGGGCAGAUACAUCCCAUUCCUUCCUAGCGAGAAACUGGAAAGAGCCAGCUCUGUCUCCCCAUCAACAGGGGAGCCAGAACUCUCUGCUGUGUUUUAGGUCAGCUGCAGAAAAUUGCCUAAAGAGGCUAGGUUGGGCAGAUGAAGCAAACACAUUCAGUCAACCACCUUUAUCUCUGUACCUUUACCUUUGAACUAGCAGAGCAGCACUGAAAUAUAGCCACAAUGGUGGCAGCAUGUGCACGCACCUCAAGGCAUUACUAGAGGCCAAGGGCUGGGCAGUUUACUCAUCACCGACCUUGAAAAGCAGAGCUUUCCUUCAUUCUCUGAAGAGUUACAUAAUAAAUUUUAAUGCUCCCGAAUGUUACUUACUAUAUGCAGCUAUAAAAAGAUAAAACUUUGUAUUUCAAAUCUUAACUUCAGCAGGUAUUGACAUAAAUGAAGCAUUUCACAAAAUACAAUAAAUUGAAAUCAAGG